UCUCUCUUGCUUUGUCCUUUUUUUUUUAAGUUUCUUUUUUCUUUCUGCAAAUCUUUCGUUUUCUUCUUUUUAUCAUAUUUUCCUGCUACCCUUUUGAAGCUCAGUAUAGUCAAGCAUGCAGAGAACGAAAUACUAUUAUAUUUCCUUAGCCCAAAACUAGGGUUACUCUUUUUUUUCCUCAAGCUGUUCAGUGCUUACUUCUGCAAUAUAAUUACUCCUUUCUCUCUCUUUUUUCUGCUCUUUCUUUAGGCGAUAGAGCGAUAAGCUUUUAGAGGGACACAGAAAAAGGAGGAGGAGAGAGAGAGGGAUAGAGAACGAAGUGCUAAGCAGGAGAUAAAAGGGUUUUUGCUUGCCUUCUUUCUCUUUCUUUCUCUCUGAAAAACAAAAAAACGUUUCUGUGAAGAGGAAGUUGGAGACAUUUGGAUAUUAUCCUUCUGUCUCCUCUACCUCUUUACUUUCUGGUUUCAUUUACUUUUGUUUUGUCUUCUCGAAAUACUAUUUUUUGGUUUAGCUUUUCUUUUUUUUUUUUUUUCUUUUUGUUGACAAUUUAACGGGUCUAAUUGGGAAAAUGGAGCAAAUCUGUUGACGAGUAACGUGUGGGAAAAUUGUUUGUAAAUUUGUAGAGAAUAAGAAGCAAAUCUAGAGGAAGGGUGGGUUUAUAAGUGAUAAUACUGAGAGGAAAAAAAACAGGCAAUAAUCAAGUUCAUGAGUUUUGGGGGUUUCCUUGAAAACGGUAGUCCUGGUGGUGGAGGUGCAAGAAUCGUGGCAGAUAUACCAUACAGCAGCAGCAAUAUGCCCACUGGUGCAAUAGCUCAGCCACGCCUUGUCUCUCCUUCUCUCACCAAAUCCAUGUUCAGCUCUCCUGGGCUUUCUCUCGCCCUUCAACAACCGAACAUAGAUAGCCCAGGUGAUAUGGGUAGAAUGGCUGAAAACUUUGAGCCAAGCGGUGGUAGAAGAAGCAGAGAAGAAGAACAUGAAAGCAGAUCUGGUAGUGAUAAUAUGGAUGGAGCUUCUGGUGAUGAUCAAGACGCAGCUGACAAUCCUCCAAGAAAGAAAAGAUACCACCGACACACUCCGCAGCAAAUUCAAGAACUCGAAGCUCUAUUCAAGGAGUGUCCUCAUCCUGACGAAAAGCAAAGACUGGAGCUUAGCAAAAGGCUUAGCUUGGAGACUAGGCAAGUGAAGUUCUGGUUUCAAAAUCGCCGAACCCAAAUGAAGACCCAAUUGGAACGCCAUGAGAACUCAUUACUCAGGCAAGAGAACGACAAGCUUCGUGCUGAAAACAUGUCCAUUAGAGAUGCUAUGAGAAACCCAAUUUGUUCAAACUGUGGUGGUCCAGCAAUUAUCGGUGAUAUUUCACUUGAAGAGCAACAUUUGAGGAUUGAGAAUGCCCGAUUAAAAGAUGAACUAGAUCGAGUGUGUGCCCUUGCUGGUAAGUUCCUGGGUCGUCCCAUUUCUUCACUGGCUGGUUCAAUUGGCCCUCCGAUGCCAAAUUCAAGCUUGGAGCUUGGCGUUGGUAGUAAUGGCUUUGGUGGUUUAAGCACUGUAGCUACAACAUUGCCUUUAGGGCCUGAUUUUGGAGGUGGGAUUUCAAGUUUGCCUGUGAUGAAUCAACCAAGAUCAACCACAACGGGCGUAACGGGUCUUGAUAGAUCACUUGAGAGAUCUAUGUUUCUAGAACUGGCAUUAGCUGCCAUGGAUGAAUUGGUUAAGAUGGCACAGACUGAUGAGCCUCUUUGGAUUAGAAGUUUGGAAGGGGGUAGAGAAAUAUUGAACCAUGAAGAGUAUAUGAGGACAUUCACACCUUGUAUUGGAAUGAAACCUAGCGGGUUUUUUUCUGAGGCAUCUAGGGAGACUGGCACGGUAAUCAUCAACAGUUUGGCUCUUGUUGAGACUUUAAUGGACUCAAAUCGAUGGGCAGAAAUGUUUCCUUGCAUGAUUGCAAGGACGACUACGACGGAUGUGAUAUCUAGUGGAAUGGGUGGAACUAGAAAUGGUUCACUUCAGUUGAUGCAUGCGGAGCUUCAAGUGCUAUCUCCUUUGGUCCCCGUCCGUGAGGUAAAUUUUCUCCGCUUCUGCAAGCAGCACGCAGAGGGUGUAUGGGCAGUUGUUGAUGUGUCCAUUGACACUAUCCGGGAAACUUCUGGUGCACCAACAUUUAUUAACUGUAGGAGGCUUCCUUCUGGCUGUGUGGUUCAAGAUAUGCCUAAUGGGUACUCGAAGGUUACUUGGGUUGAGCAUGCAGAAUAUGAAGAAAGUCAAAUUCACCAGCUUUAUCGCCCAUUGAUAAGUUCCGGCAUGGGCUUCGGCGCUCAGAGAUGGGUAGCCACCCUUCAACGCCAAUGCGAGUGUCUAGCCAUUCUCAUGUCGUCCACUGUGCCCUCUAGAGAUCAUACAGCGAUAACUGCAAGUGGAAGACGAAGCAUGUUAAAGCUUGCCCAGAGAAUGACUGAUAAUUUCUGUGCCGGAGUUUGCGCGUCGACGGUCCAUAAAUGGAACAAGCUGAAUGCAGGAAACGUGGACGAAGAUGUUAGGGUUAUGACUAGAAAGAGCGUUGAUGAUCCCGGCGAGCCACCGGGAAUUGUGUUGAGCGCUGCUACUUCUGUUUGGCUACCGGUUUCUCCACAAAGACUCUUUGAUUUUCUGCGCGAUGAACGGCUGAGAAGCGAGUGGGACAUUUUAUCCAACGGCGGACCCAUGCAGGAGAUGGCCCACAUAGCCAAAGGCCAGGAUCACGGCAACUGCGUCUCGCUGUUACGUGCCAGCGCUAUGAACGCCAACCAGAGCAGCAUGCUGAUCCUGCAGGAGACAUGCAUAGACGCGGCGGGGUCGCUUGUAGUGUACGCCCCCGUUGACAUUCCAGCCAUGCACGUGGUCAUGAACGGUGGCGAUUCGGCUUACGUAGCACUACUUCCAUCGGGCUUCUCUAUCGUCCCUGAUGGUCCUGGUUCUCGUGGGUCCCCUUCUACUAAUGCUAACGGGCCAAGUAGUAACAACGGUGGCGGCCAACAGAGGGUGAGUGGGUCCCUUUUGACGGUGGCAUUCCAAAUCUUGGUGAACAGUCUCCCUACAGCCAAGCUCACUGUGGAAUCGGUGGAGACGGUCAACAAUCUCAUCUCAUGCACUGUCCAAAAGAUCAAAGCCGCCCUUCAGUGCGAAAGCUGAUCAUCAUCAAUCCGUGAACCUGUAGUUUCCUCUGUUUUUAAUCUUUAACAUCGAGUGUGUGUCUGUUUAAGUGUGGUGUGAUUCGCGGUGGCGGAAAAAGAAAAAGAGAGAGCUUGGUGAGUGAGACUAUAUAAAGAAAACCAAAAAAACGGUGUUUUGUGGGUGUUGAGUCAAGAACGAACCGCGCGUGGAGACUCCUUGCAUGGAUAUAUGCGUUUGUCGGUGACUCGGGUACGUACAUGCAGAGCAGAACAGAGGCAAGGGUGGUGGUUCGGGUAUUGACUCAGGUCGACCCUGAAUUGGCUCAAUUAUUAUUAGUAAAAAUAUUAGUUUCCAAAAGAGGGACUUUGUUUUUUUUUUUUUUUUUUUCAAUUUCAUUAUUAAUCCAAUUUUCUUUUUCUUAAUUUUAAUUGGUUUGGAACUGGAAAGGGAAAAAGAAAAAAAACAAGUAAGUCUCUUGUUGGUGUCCUUUUUUCUGGUGUAAUUAACUCAUGUAUUAAUCUAAUAUUUUUGAGUUUUA